AUGGGUCUGUUCACGCUGGCACUCGCUGCGGCCCCGCUGGGCGCGUCGCUCGUUGCCAUCUGCCUGUCCCAGGCCUGCGUGUGGAAGCGGCGACGGAUGCAUGCAAACGAGCGCUUAGACACUCAGCUCGACGAGCUGCAGUCCCGCCUGAGAGAAGCGCUGGCGGUAGAUCGCGCCGUCCGGCUGCGCACCACCGCCAUCAGCCUCAGCCUUUCAUGGGCAUGCCUGUGCCUGAGCUCCUCCAGCCUCGAGAGCCGGCGAGUGGACCACACCACGUACAAUGCCACACAUUGGGACUAUGGACGAACGCUCGUCGACUUCCUCAAUCACCUAGAAAGCGGAUACAGUGCUGAGCAAAAGAGAAUGCGCAAAGACAAUGCGCUCGGAGAAUUGGUUCGAAAGGCUGACUUUGACCAUGGUGGAGGAAGCGGGUUGGGGCCAGUUAGAGAUUCUUACUACGGCGACUAUGGCGUCCACAAGCUGCCGGACGGCCACGGCUGGAUUCAGGCGUACGCACCCGGAGAUGGCGUUUCGACCGAGGUCGUUGUCUAUUCCAGCAACGGCGAUGCAGAGUUCACUGCCGCCAUAGGCCAACAUGACUACCGUCGUGGGCGACAGCUCGGUGGCUUGCUAACGCACUGCGAGGUCCGCUUUACCGUAGCACAGUCCACCUGCCGCCAGUGGGCCACGGAGAAGCCCCUGAUUGCAAACUUUGUCGGCCCGGCGGGAGUGGCGUGGCUGCCUCCCCGGCUGCUGGCAUGCCUCCUCGGAGCCGUCUGGCCCUUCUUUAUGUUGCUUGCCCUCCGGCCUAUCGACACCGCCUUUGUGCGGACCCACCUGCGGGCCUGGAGCCGAGAGGGCCCGCAAGAACACCCGAGGCUGUUCAAGAUAGGCGUUGCCGUGUUUGGAAACCUAAUGUCGCAGCACUUCGCCCUCAUUCCCCUCUACCAGCUGGGCCGCCACCAUGGAAUGCCGUCACAGAUGCUGCGGGCGGUCUUCGCGUACGUAUGGGUCUCGCUUGCUUACGGGUUUCUGCUCUGGGCGGCGUACCACUUUGCGGCGGCACUCAGCCUCCCGCCUCGCCGCGCGAUCAGCGUCGCAUGGACCACUUUCGCAACCUGCUUGCGGUGGUCGUCGCGCAUCACGCUGGGCUACCUCGGUUUCGAUUUUGCCAUUUUGUGGGUCGACCGCGGCGCCGUUCCGCCGGACCUGUCCCCCUACGUCAUGAUGGCUGUCUUCCACGCCCGCGCCCUCACCCGCGUCGUCGGUGCCGACCUGCUCGCACGUGUCCUCACCCCCUCUGUCCGCGGGCGCCUCUUCCGCGCGGUCGGAGGAUUUGGCCAACCCGCCAGCUCCCGUGGGCUCGCCGCCAUCGCCGCGCUGGUGACGCCCGCGCUGAACGGCUGGAGCGCGCGACGAUGGUGCUCGGCGUUGCGUCGGACUGGCCGAGGAAGCGUCGAGGCGAACGUGCUGGCGGCCGCAGGCCGGUUUCGCGGCCUCCCGUGGUCUGCACUCGAAGCUCACCACCUCAGCUCGUCGCUCGGCUCCGCCGAGCUGAGCGCGGCAGCAGCGCCUGUCGAGCUCGGCGGUGUCGACGCGUUCAUCAGCCACUCGUGGAGCGACGAUGGCGACGCCAAGUUCAUGGCGCUGUCUCGCUGGGCGGCUGAGUUUGAGCAGCACGCGGGAAGAGAGCCCGUCUUGUGGCUGGAUAAGGCGUGCAUCGAUCAGGACGACAUUGACGCGUCCCUGCUGGGCUUGCCAAUCUAUGUCUCGGGGUGCACACGUUUGCUCGUGCUGGACGGGCCCACGUACUCAACGCGGUUGUGGUGCAUCAUGGAGAUCUUUUGCUUUGUCGUCCUCGGCGGCUCGCAGAACGACAUCGAGGUGCUGCCGCUUGGGGCGCCGACGCCAGGGCGCAAGACCAUCCACGUCGCCGACCAAGACGCGGGGCGCGUCGAGAUUUGCCACACCGCCGCUUGGCCACACCCACCGAGGGGCGAGCGAGACCGCGAGCGGCUGCUGGGCGCGAUCGAAGCGGCGUACGGCGACACAGAGCCGUUCGAUGCAGCGGCGGCUGGCGCCGGAGGGCGUCGGCGCGUCCUGUUCGCGAGUGGUCGUGUCCACUUGCUCGACCUCCGACUCGAAUUCGCAACGCAGUAG